AUGGCAGAGUGCGAGGCCAAACGUGAACUUCCUCAGAUGCGUCUUGGUGUCAAGGAACAACAAAAUGGAGAGCUGACUGACUGGGAUCUAUCUGUGGAUGAGAGGAAACAGAGGGACAGGGAGGAGUGUGAAACUCUGGUGUUAUGGAAGAAACCUGUGCUCACACUCCACUACUUCACCCUGGAACUGCUUGUCACCUUAAAAGAGUGGCUAUUGAGGCUCUGGCAGCAAAGACAGACUGUGUUUGGCCUGCUGAUCCUGCUUAUCCUCCUCUUCAUUGCCUACUGUUUUGAAGGAGCACACCAGAAGUAUGUGCACUACAUGGAGAGGAAGACGCUGUGGUGCCUUUACUGGGUUGGCCUGGGCAUCCUCUCCUCAGUGGGUCUUGGCACCGGCCUGCACACCUUCCUUCUUUACCUGGGACCACACAUAGCAUCGGUGACCUUGGCAGCCUAUGAAUGUGGCUCGGUGGAUUUCCCAGAGCCACCCUAUCCGGACCAAAUAGUCUGCCCCCAGCAGAACGCACUCCAGGGAAGCAUCUCUCUCUGGACCAUCGUCUCCAAAGUCCGCCUCGAAGCUUGUAUGUGGGGUGCAGGUACGGCCAUAGGAGAACUUCCUCCCUACUUCAUGGCCCGUGCGGCACGGCUGUCGGGCGCCGAGCCCGACGACGAGGACUACCAGAGGUUUGAGGAGAUUCUGGACCAGACCCAGUCUCCACAGGACUUUGCCACCCGUGCAAAGGUAGCAGUGCAGAAACUUAUCCAGAGGGUCGGCUUCUUUGGGAUUUUAGCAUGUGCUUCUAUUCCAAACCCCUUGUUUGACCUUGCAGGAAUAACAUGUGGACAUUUUUUGGUCCCCUUCUGGACUUUUUUUGGGGCAACACUCGUUGGGAAAGCAGUCAUCAAAAUGCACAUACAGAAACUGUUUGUGAUCGUCACCUUCAGCAGGCACAUAGUGGAACAGAUGGUCUCCCUCAUCGGAUCUGUUCCACUGCUGGGUGCGGCACUGCAGAAGCCCUUCAGGGAGUACUUGGAGGCCCAGAAGGCCAAGCUGCACCAUCACGCUGGAGAGGGGAUCCCAACUGAGGAGAGCUGGCUGCCGUGGCUCUUUGAGAAGGUUGUGGUCAUCAUGGUAUGCUUCUUUGUCUGCUCCAUUGUCAACUCCAUGGCCCAGAGCUACAGCAAGCGCAAGCAGCAGGACAAGUACUCGGAGGGCAAAACGGAGUGAAGGCCAGAUAGCAAUCACAGCCAACGAUCAACUUCAGAAGCUCCCACCGAUCCCUUACUCAUUUUAGCUCUCAAUUCUGGCCGAUAACACGCUUAUUAUCUGAAGAAAAAUAUCAGCCUGCAUCUGGUUUCCCUCUUGUUAUUGUAGCAACAUGUUUAAGUUGAACUUGGACUUCCAUUGACUUGCUUUUGAAGGCUUUGCAUUUGGUAGUAAUUUCCGCAAUUUUUCUCUGCAAGGUAGGUGCCUGUUGGGAUGCGUGUGAGUGAGCUGUUGUGUUGUUUGAACUUUCAUGUUGGUGCUUUCAUCAGCUCCUGAGCACAUGAGAAGAAGCUGCUGGCCGUAACUCCCCUCAGUGAGGCCUUAAGCUGCUGUUUGUUCCACUAGAAGAGUCACUUGAAUUCACUUUAUUUGAAUAAGCUAGGAUUGUUACUUUUGAUUGUGAAGUGAGUUAUUUGUUCAAUAACCUAAUUAUUUAUUAUCUAUAUUAUUUUGUUUAUAAUGAAGACAUUCUGUAUUUAUUACUGUACUGUAGAGUUGUUUGAGAGGUAAGAUAAGACAUGUAAAUGACUGUCCACUUCGGAGCCAUCUCAUUUCUACGUAUUGUAGAGUUCUAAGUCAGAUGUUGUAGAGAUGUUAAUGAUGUUUCAAACUGAUCGCGGUGUUUUAGAUGACCACUUCUUUUGUGUGUGCAGUGAAGUUCAUCAAUGUACUUUUGGAUGAGAAAUGAUAAAUCGGCCGUGAA